GUCUACUUCCACUAAGCAGCCGACGAGACAGAUGUGAAGCAAACAGGAGGACUUCAGGAGGCGCUGGAGAAGUUCACGCCAUGCCAUGAUAUUUCCAUCAGGCUAAUUCGCUAUUUUAAGCUUCUGUUGGCGAGGUUUCCCCUUCUGUGAUACUCUGUGAUGCCGAGAGAACAUACCACUUGUGCGAGCUAAAUAGCGUUUGAGUGAAAGAGUGUAAAAAUGAGUUCCACGCAGACUUUGCGCAGCCGGGUGGUCGAUUUGUGGAGAAGUUUCUCUUUGAAAGAAGACUGUGAUCCUGUACCGGAUCAGCCGUCGACUCGACGGAAGUUUGAAGCGUCAACGUCACCUGAAACGCAUGACAGUUUCAUUCACCGCUAUCUGAACGGAGAAAGCAACGGCUGCACAGCUCCGGAAAUCCAACAUGGAAAGUCUUGUUACGAUCUGCCCAGCCAUCCGGUGGCAUACAUGGCUCCGCGAGUCGUCGCGGCUCACACGGGACCCAAUCAAGGCCUCACGGCAAUCGUUCCCAAAGACUCCCAGGAGGCCUUCGCUCCAAAUGAUUCCGUCGAUUUCAUUGACGAUUCGCCGAGGAAAAAAGAACCUACGGAAGUGGCCGGUAUCCCGAGCUGGCAGUGUCCCACCGACUUCGCCUGUGGGCUAGCGACAACGCUGUAUGAAUGUAACCCGAACACGAAGGAAAACACUGGUGAACCGAUUGCAGAUGCUUUCGGACUUUGCGUGCGCGAAAACUCAGCGAUCCUCGCCUUGGCAGAUGGAGUAAACUGGGGCGAGAAAAGUUGCUUAGCAGCGCAAUGCGCCGUUCACGGCUGUGUUGAUUAUCUGAAUAAAGCCUUGUUCGCGGGAGCUCACAACGUUACGUCGACGCUCGAUGUGUUCGUUUGCCUUCUGCGCUCAUUCGAAGCAGCUCACAAUCUCAUUCUCGAAAAAGACGCUCUCCUGACGACAUUGUGCGCCUGUGUAGUCUGUCCUCUCGAAGACGGACGCUUCGCUGUUUGCGUUUGCAAUGUGGGCGAUUCGUUUGCGUACGUUUUCAGCGAGAAACACGGCGUCCGCGAAAUCACCCUUGGUUCCCAUGAUAUUCAUUCAAUGCGGGAUAUGCGUGACGCGCUCGGGGCGCUCGGACCUGUCGAUGGCAAAAACCCCGAACUGAACAACCUCACCGUGUCCCUAACGCUGGCUGACGAGGGCGAUAUGGUUUUCCUCACGUCGGAUGGAAUCUCAGAUAAUUUCGAUCCCGUUGUUGGCAAGUUCGCAUUGGCGAAGAAAGUUGGCUCCGGCGCAGAAGACCGAAACAAAGAAAAGUCUUCUAGUCACCGGGGAACUUCCGCCAGUGUGAAGAGAUCCGCCAGCCACAGGAUCGCCUCAGCAAACGAGAAAAAUCAACUGCCCAUCGUCGAAGCACACCAAAGACAUGCCCUGACGCUAUUGAGGAUGGAGGAUCUUCUGCGUAAAGGAGUGGGAGGUGACGAGCAGGUUCCGGUGAAAACUUCGCGCGAGGUCUGCGAGAGAAUGGUGGAAUUCGCCACCAGACUGACCAUGGCCAAACGUAGAAUUCUCGAAGACCCCGAGCUCUAUAAGGACGAGCAGUGUACAAAUAGAGAGCGACGUCAGAGAGUGUGCCAAAAGCUAGCUCUUGUCCCGGGAAAGUUGGAUCAUGCAUCUCUGUGUGCCGUGCGUUUGGGUAGACAUCACAAGACACCCUCGGCCAAAACAACGCCAACGAAAAGAUCGAUAGCGGAUGCGCGGAAAGCGUUCUUCGAAUCACCCGUGACUUCCGACACACGCACUACGGAGAAGAACAACAACUCGUCGUCCUCAUCGACGACCACCUCGUCGUCGAGGCUCUCGAAAACGAAUAGCAACGGCACCGCGGAGCUCAGGAGCAAGUCCGCAACGCCCACGACGACGAACCCGACGACGGCAACGUCAUCAUCGAGACCAUCGACCGCGGAGAGUAAACGAAGCGCUCCGCUCUGUAGUUUUGAGUCGAUGAUUUGAUGCGAGCGAAUUCCAUGUUGAUUAUGCGUGCUCUCAUUCAGAGAAUAAAUGGUGCAAUUUUUA